AUGUUGGGGCUGGAAAUGAAAAGUUUGAAAAAAAACCCAGCGCUUUUGCCGCUGUUUGCUUGUGUAGUAGUCGGUGGAUUUAUGUCAUCCGGAUACUUGCUCCGUCUGGCAACAAAAAACCCUGAUGUUACAUGGAGCAGAACUAGAAACCCUGAGCCAUGGCAGGAGUACAAAACUAAACAAUACAAGUUUACUUCGAAAAUCGAUCACUCUAAAUCUCCAGUUCCAGACUACUAA